AUGCAAACCCCACCUACAGAGCCACCGGCUCUGGGGGUGGUGGGGUCGAUCGAUCCCGGGAGGGGCUUCGAGGUGACCCUAACAAAACAAGCAGCAGCAGCAGCAGCAGCAGCAGCAGGAGCAGCAGCAGCAGCAGCAGUAGGAGCAGCAGGCUGCAGCGGCCUGCAAGCUAUGCAGCAGCAGCAGCAGCAGCUGCUGCUGCUGCAGCAGCAGCAGCAGCAACCAAAUCGAGACAUUAAGACCCCAGCUAGCGAACCCACCACACCUAGGAGGCAGCAGCUGUUUGCUGCUGCUGCUGCAGCAGAGACACAGCAGCAGCAGCAGCAGCAGCAGCAGCAGCAGCAGGAGCAGCAGCAGCAGGAGCAUCAGCGAGUUCUCCCCGAGUACUAUCAGAAGCAGCUGAUGCAAAAUGCGCAGCAGCGGCAGCAGCAGCAGCUGCUGCUGCUGCAGCAGCAGCAGCAGCAGCAGCAGCAGCAACCAUAUAAAAAAAAAGCUAGGCUCCCCUUCGUAGCUCACCGCAGCAGCUGCGGCGGCCGCAUGCUCCUGGAUAUCUCAUCUCCGCCUCUACCCCCGAAAAGGCUGGGGGGAGAAGGUGUAUACAUAAGCAUGCAGCAGCGAACGACAACGCGGAGCAGCAGCAGCUAUCCAGCAGCAGCAGCAGCAACAACAGCAGCAGCAGCAGCAAAAACAACAGCAGCAGCAGCAGCAGCAGCAGCAGCAGCAGCAGCAGCAGAGGAACUGCCGCAAAGUCUACGUGAAGCCAAACGCCGCGUGGUUUCAGAGGCCCGAUCAGUAUACGAGGAAGCUUUGCUGCUGCAGCAGCAGCAGCUGCUGGCGAUUGGCAGCGAAAAAGAAAAAGCGAUGCUGCUGCUGAAGCAGCUCCUAGAUGAAUCUGCGGGUGUACACGACAAGCUGAUUGCCUACGAAGUCAUCUGCACGACGAAGCCAGGGGCUGCUGACCCUCGAAACGAACUCUGCAACAGCAGCAACACCACCGACGACAGCAGCAGCAGCAGCGAAAACAGCAGCAGCAACAGCAACACCAGCAGCAGCAGCAGCAGCAGCAGCAGCAGCAGCAGCAGCAGCAGCAGCGGGAUGCCUGAGGUUGAAGUUGUUGCUGUGAAGGCAAGAUGGAGGGGGUAUUCAACUCGCUGCGCGUUGAGAAGAGAGCAGCAGUUUGCUGCUGCUGCUGCUGCUGUCGUCAGCAGCUUUGCUGCUGCAGCAACAGACCUGCAGCGGAAGAUCAGAGGCUUGCUGCAGAGACGAGAGUUCCUGGAGCAUAUCCGUUCGAAGGUGCUGCUGCCACCGAAGAGAGCAGCAGCAGCAGCAGCAGCAGCAGCAGCAGCAGGAACAGCAGCAGGCUCAUCUACUGCAGCAGCAACAGCAGCAGAAGCAGCAGCAACAGCAACAUCAAGGGGAACACAAACCCCUGAAUUUAGCCCUAAACACCAGCAGCAGCAGCAGCAGCAGCAGCAGCAACAGCAGCAGCAGCAGCAGCAGCAAAGCGGCCCCGUACGCCUGGUGCUGUCUCCAGAGGACCCCACAGAGCCAAGUCUGCGCAGCUACCAGCAGCAGCAGCAGCAGCAGCAGCAGCAGCAGCAGCAGCAGGAGCAGCAGCUGGGUGUUUCAGUGUUUUGUUGUGAAGGCUGCGGCCAGAAGAAGUUUUCUGCUGCAGCAGCAGCAGCAGCAGCAGAGCUGCUGCCGCUCCCCGGCGUCUCCUUCAGCAGGCUAACUGCUGCUGUUUUGUUUAUACAAAAAGAAAUACGAGCAGCACUCAUCAGGAGGAAGUGGAAAGGUUUGUGGUGGUUUAGGAGCACCUCAUCAUCCCCUCGUUCUCUGCGAGAAGCAGCAGCAGCAGAAAGACAGCUGCAGCGGCGCAGCAGGCGGUUGCUGCUGCAGCUGCCUUUCCCUUACCGUAGCCACUCCUUCAGCAGCACAGACGUAACAGAGAAGCAGCAGCAGCAGCUGCAGCAGCAGCAGCAGCAAAAGAUAUACGAAAAAAAACAAAUCGCUAAGGCGCAACAACUUAUAUGGGUCGGUUCUAGGAGCAGCGGCAGCAGCAGUGCUGCUGACGGUCUUCGGGCGUCUCGCCAUAUCCCGCCGCUGCUGCCUGCUGCUGCAGCAUCAGCAGCAGCAGCAGCAGCAGCAGAUGCUUCUCCUGCUGCUGCAGAGGCUGAUGGGUUCCGCAGCAGCAGCAGAAGCACAGGAGGCUACCUGCAGCCUGUACCUGCAUCAUCACCAUCAGCAGCAGCAGCAGCAGCAGCUGCUGCUGCUGCUGCUGCUGGACCCUCGGAGCUCCCCAGUGCUGGUGCUGCCUUCUUGCGGUGUCUAGCGAGAGAAGCAGCAGAAUGUUUGUGCUGCUCCUCAUCAGCAGCAGCAGCAGCAGCAGCAGCAGCAAGUGCUGGUGGUGGCGGUGGUGGUGGUGGUGCUUCUGGCUCUGCUGCUGCUGCUGCUGCUGGUGGUGGUGCUGCUGCUGCUGGUGGUGGAGGUGUAUUUGACGUUGCAGCAGCAGAAGCAGCAAUUGCAGCAGCAGAAGCAGCAGCACUAACGUCUGCUGUGGAUCGUCGUGUUGCUGCUGCAGUGCAGCAGCAAGCAGCAGCAAUAGAUGCAUAUGCAGCAGCAGCACAGAGCGAGCAGCAGCUGCUGCUGCUGGAGAAACGUUUAUAUAAGAGAGGCACCAUGGCGCGGCUGCGGCCGACUGUGCGGUUUGCCGACAGAAACAAAAUAAAAACUUUUUUGGGGGAUGAUGCUGCUGCUGCUGCUGCUGCUGCUGCUCCCCUUAGAAACCCUGCUGCUGCUGCUGCUGCUGCUGCGGCAGCAGCAGCAGCAUUUUUGGGGGAUGAUGCUGCUGCUGCUGCUGCUGCUGCUGCUCCCCUUAGAAACCCUGCUGCUGCUGCAGCAGGAAAUGCGGUCGUUUCGCCCAGAACUGCUAUGGCUAACAACCCUGCUGCUGCUGCUGCUGCUGCUGCUGCUGCUGGCAGCACAGCUGCAGCAAACCCUUUAUCUCCUGCUGCUGCAGGGGCAGCAGCAGCAGCAACAGCAGCAGCAGCAGCAGCAGCAACAGCAGCAGCAGCAGCAGGAGAAUUGGGAGAAAAGCCAGCAGCAGCAGGCGGAAGAAGCACAACAAUAGUGGUUCCAGGAGGAGCAGCAGCAGGAGCCUCUCCCGCAGCAGCAGCAGCAGCAGCAGCAGCAGCAACACCAGCAGCAGCAGCAGCAGCAGCAGCAGCAGCAGCAGCAGAGCAGCAAAGCCCAAGAAGAAGCCUUAGUGCUUUCGCCGAAAGAGAAAAAGUGAGGGCCCAUUGGGAAGGGAACCGAAACAACAACAGAAAACUGCUGCUGGAGCCUAAACCCAACGAUAAACGAAAAACAGCAAAACCCUCGCUGGCGGAUGCUUCUCUUAAACCCAAACCCGACGACGCGCAGCGCUGGGCCCCCGUGCGCUUCUCUCCAUGGUCGUAUUUAUCGAGGGGUUUGAAGCACCCUAUAUUUCAGCAGCAGCAUCAGCAGCAGCUGCAGCAGCUGCUGCGGUCUUCGUCAGCAGCAGCAGCAGCAGCAGCAGCAGGAGCAGCAGCAGCAGGAGCAGGAGCAGGGGGAGCUGCAGCAGCAGCAGCAGCAGCAACAGCUGCAGCAACAAUGCUUCCACCAACAACGCCAGAAGAAGCAGUGCUACAGCAUCAACUCACCUUCGGGAGGUCGCUCACCGGCCCACGGCCUGAAAAGCCAUCUGCUGCCAGAGCAGCAGCAGCAGCAGCAGCAGCACCAGCAGCAGCAGCAGCAGCAACAGCAGCAACAAAAAAACAACAGAGAGCAGCAGCUAAAGCUGCUGCUGCGCCACCUGCAGCAACAGCAGCAACUGCUGCAACAGCAACUGCAGCAGCAGCAGCAGCAACAACAGCAACUCCAGCAGCAGCAGCAACAGCAGCAGCAGCAGCAGCUAACGUUGCUGCUUCAGCUGAUGCCUCUACCGACGAGCGCGUAGAGCAGCAGCAGCAGCAGCAGCAGAAGCAGCAGCAGCAGCAGCAGCAGCAGCAGCAGGAUGGCCUGCAAUACCCCAAUGGGGGGCAGCAGGAUCUGUACCCGCAGCUGUGGAAGCCCGUGAAGCUGCAGCAGGAGCAGCAACAGCAGCAGCAGCAGCAACUGCUGCAGCAGCAGCUGCAGCAGCUGCAGGAGCAGCAGCAACAGCAGCAGCAGCAGCAGCAAACCAUACGAAGACGUAACAGCGGCAGCAGCGGCUCCGCGCAGCAGCGCAGCGGGAGGAGACGAAAAGAAGAGCAGACAGGCCAGCAGCAGCAGCAGCAGCAGCAGCAGCAGCAGCAGCAGCAGCAAGAGCAGCAACCGCAGCAAAGGCAACAGCAGCAACGGCCACUCAAGGAACAGCAGCAGCAGCAGCAGCAGCAGCAGCAGCAAGAACAAAGAAAGCAGCAGCAAACACAACAAUCCGGAAGCGAUACGACUGCAGCAGAUGAAGCAAAACCAGCAGCAGCAGAAGCAGCAGCAGCAGCAGCAGCAGCAACAGCAGCACGUAAACCAAGGCCCCCGCGAGGACGCCUGGAUGCGCUGCACCUUAUUUCUUCAGCAGCAGCAGGGCGUCCUGCUGCAGCAAUGCUGCUGCGUCGCAGCCUCUCGCUGCAGAGCAGCAGCAGCAGCAGCAGCGACCUGUGCUGCCGCGCAGAUUUAUCUAAUGAAGGAGGAUCAUCAUCAUCUGCUGCUGCUGCUGCUGCUGCUGCUGCUGCUGCUGCUGUCUCACCCAGACCCUCACCACGCAGAGACCCAGCCAACGCAUACUACCAGCAGCUACCUAAUACCUCCUUUAUACAAGGAACAGCAAUAGCUAGAACUGCAGCAGCAGCAGCAGCAGCAGCAGCAGCAGCGGCAGCAGCAGGGGGAGCAGCAGGACCGCAUGCAGUAGCAGCAAGACAAACUGCUGCAGCAACUGCUGAUGCAGCAGCAGCAACAUUUGCUGCAGCAGCAAGCACUUCUACUGUUCGAUUCCAAGUCGAUGGAAAACAAAGACAGCAGCAGCAGCAGCAGCAGCAGCAGCAGCAGCAGCAGCAGCAACUGAGGUUUUGUUGUAGGGGGAAGACACUACAGGAGAUCAUUGCUGCUGCUGCUGCAGCACGAAACAGCAAAGACAGCAGCAGCAGCAGCAGCAGCAGAUCACCGUGUUUUUAUUCAGCGCCCCGAGAGGAGCUUUCGCAUGCAGCAACUGCAGCAGCAGAAGCAGCAGCAGCAGCAGCAGCAGCAGCAGAUGCAUACAAAGCAUUGGAGCAGCACGAGCGCCAUAGACAGAAGCAGCAGCAGCAGCAGCAGCUGCUGCUGCAGCAUGGUAUCCCUCGCCGCAGCAGCAGCAGCAGCUGCGUUAUGUGCAGCAGCAUCAAGACAGGGAGACAAACAGCAACAGCAGCAGCAGCACCACAGCAGCAGCAGCAGCAGCAGCAGCAGCAGCAAAGAAGCAGAGCCCGCAGCAACAGCAGCAGCAGCUGCGGCGGUGGGGUCUGUAGCUGCGUGUAUAAGGUGCUGCAGGGGGUUCAUAUAGACAGCAGCAGCAGCAAGGAUGCAGAAGCAGCAGUUGCUGCUGCUGCUGCUCUUUCUGCUGCUGCAGCAGGACCUGCUGCUGCUGUUGCUGAGGCCCUUGUUGCUGCUGCACCUGUCUUACAAGCAGCAGCAGCAGCUGCUGCUGCUGCCGACAAAAAAGCAAAACGAAAAUAA